AUGACACCGGAUCAAGCUACGAGACAACGAGUAAUCGCACAAGGAAGAAGUGAAGCAAGACGAUCUACUCUAUCAUCAGAAGAAAUCGAACGUCAACGAGAACUAGCUCGAGAUAGAAGUAUGGCUAAACGGGCUGUUGCAUCACCAGCAGAAUCCGAAGCACAGCGUGCGUUAGCUCGUGAAAGAAGUUCCACUAGGCGAGCGAUCGUGGCACCACAAAGUGCGGAACGAUUGGAAACAUUUGAUCAAAAGCAACAUCAUUCGCAAGAAAAUAUUAAUCGAAAAACAGAUAGUGUUGAAGUCGAGUGGCCAAAACCUGCGGAUCUCGAGUGCAAGACAACCUGCUUAAAAAAUUUCAUUCAAUGCAUGUCAAUGCAAUCUUUGGAGGAAGGUAUCUGCAGUAUAUGUAAUAUACGAUGCUACAAGCGAGAUCUUCGAUGCGUUCCUUAUAAUAAAAUUCCAUCAAUCGAAUUGCUCAAAGCACAUAAUGAUAUUUAUAAUAUAAUCUCUGGCUUAGAUCAACCGAAAGGCUCACAUUCAGCUGAUCAGAACAGCAUGGAUUGCGAUUUAGAAUUAUCGACUGGUGAGGAUCAGACUGUAUGUACUUUUUGUAUUUAA